ACAUUUUUAACAUGGCCGCAUGUUGAACGAAACGAUUUUCUUUACUGUUUGCCAAAUAUAAUAACAAUUGCGUUUAUUGUGAGCGGAUAUAUGACGAUCGUAAAGCUGAUAAAUUGAAUAAUUUGCAAGACAAAUUUACGGCUGCGAUCGCGACGAUGAUGCAUCACCCGAACAUGCAUCAUCAGCCAAUGUCCGGGCAUCCGCCGCAGCACAUGCCGGGCCACCAGGGCAUGCCAGCCCACCACCAAAUGCCGCCGCAUCAGAUGCACAGGGAGAACAGGCACGUAACACUAACUAGAGUUCCACUGGGCCCGUCUCAGCCGGGCGGCGGCAUGGGCGGGCACGGGCAGAUGGGCGCGAUGGGCGGCAUGCCAGUGCACCACGCCCCCGCGCAGCGCCCUCCGCACUCCAUCCGCCCCAUGCACCACCCGCCGGCGCAGCACCACAACGUACCACCCCAACAGACUCGUCUCCGGCGACCAUACUCCGUUGGCGGUGGUUACGGGCCCGGCGGUGCGCCUGGCGUCAUGCCACCGCCCUACACACAACCACCGCCUCUGCCACCCCCCACCACACAGCAAAACCAUAAUGUAACGCCAGCAACACCGAGCACAAACAUACAGCCCAUUGCUAGCGACACCAAAGAAGAUAACAACAGCUCAGGAGGCGUAGCUGCGGUGGGCGGGGCGGUCGUAGCGAGUACGACGGUGGGCGGGGCGGGCGUUGACGUAGAUGGUGUGGAUUCGCACGCGGCGGAGGGCGAGGGCGAGGCGGCCCGCCCCUCCGCCGCGCCGGCCAACAGUAAAGAGAAGACACCCAUGUGCCUGGUCAACGAGCUGGCCAGGUACAAUAAGAUUAAGCAUCAAUAUCGCCUCACAUCAGAAACAGGACCCGCUCACAAAAAAGUAUUCACAGUUACGCUCCGAUUGGGUGACACUGAGGAAUAUACAGCUGAGGGGUCGUCCAUCAAGCGCGCGCAGCACGCGGCGGCGCGCGCGGCGCUGGGCGGCACGCGCUUCCCGCCGCCGCCGCCGCGCGCGCCGCCCGCCGCGCACGCGCACCAGCCGCACCACCACCGACACGCCGGCGCAGUGAUGCCCACGGUGGAGCUGAACGCACUAGCCAUGAAGCUGUGCCAGCCCGCCGUGUACACGUCGGUGCCGGCCGUGCCGCGCGCGCGCCCGCGCCUGCCCUACCGCCUGCCCGCGCCCUUCGCGCCGCCCUACCACCCGCACCACGCGCCGCACGCGCCGCGCCUCAUGGAGCCCGCCGCCAUCCUCUAUAGGGUGCGCGUGUGUGUGGGCGGGCGCUCGUGGGUGGGCGAGGGCGCCACGCCGCAGGGCGCGCGGCACGACGCCGCGGCGCGCGCGCUGCACGAGCUGCGCCCGCUGUCGCACGCGGACGACAACGGUGAUGCUGGUUCAGACUUGCUGAACUCAGAAGUGAAAUCUCCAGUAUCAUUAGUGCAUGAGUUGGCAUUAAAGAGGAAUCUCUCAGUUCAGUUUAGUGUUAAAUCUGAACGCGGACCACCACACAUGAGGGUGUUCGUGACAUUGUGCACGGUGGGCGAGAUGGAGACGGAGGGCGAGGGUAACGGCAAGAAGGUGUCGAAGCGGCGCGCGGCCGAGCGCAUGCUGGACGAGAUGCGGCGCCGCUGGCCGCCCGCCCUGCUGCGCGCGCGCCCGCCCGCCGACCGCCGCCGGCACGCGCCCGCCAAGAAGAAGCCCAGGAACCUCAUCAAGGAGGGCGGGGCGGGCGCAGGUCCGGAGGGCGGAGGCGUACCGGGGGCGGUCGCCGGCGCGGCGGGCGGGGUCGACAACCCUAUCUCGCGCCUGGCGGUGGCGCGGCACGCGGCGCGCGCGCGCUCGCCGCAGUACCGCGUGCUGGAGGAGCGCGGCGCGGCGCGGCGGCGCGAGUUCGUCGUGCAGUGCGACGCGCCGCCGCACAGCGCCACCGGCCUCGGGCCCAACAAGAAGACGGCCAAGCGGCGCGCCGCGCAGAAUGUGCUUCUAGCGAUGGAGCUGAGUGCCAGCAACGGGGAGCAGACGGCAGCCAACACAAGUACCACUGAAGGCAGCAACGGCAGCACUGUAGACGUCAAUAAAACUAAUAAUGGAGACAUUAAGAGAAAGGAAAGCGAAAGUACCACAGGCGGUGUCAAUAGUGAUGUCCGUCAACCAGUCCCCGGUGUACUUAUGAUGGACUACCACCAGCGAACCGGUCAACCACCGCAGCCUAAUGGAGCAACCGCGGGCGGGGCGAGCGGGGUGGGCGGGGCGGGCGCGACGGGAGCGGCGGGCGGCGAGGUGAGUGCGCCGCCCGCUCCCGGCGCCGCCAGCUCGCCCGGUGCCAAGGACCAGCUCAUGUAUCUCUCGCAGCUGCUGGGCUUCACCGUCCAGUUCUCCGAUUUCCCUAAGCGCAACCACGGCGAGUACCUGUCGCUGGUGUCGCUGUCGACGGAGCCGCCCGUCAUGUGCCACGGCGGCGGCGCGUCCACCGCGCACUCGCACGAGCAGUGCGCCCGCGCCGCGCUGCGCGCGCUCGCGCACAUGGGGCUCGACGCGCCCUCCACCGGCAUCCCGGCCGCGGGCGCCAAGCCCAGCGUCAUCAGCAACGGCAUCGAGUGAUCGCUCGCCUCUCACUAUCUAGACUAAUUCGUUUUAUUUUUCAUGCAAUAUGAUACAUGUGAAUAUUUCACGGCGCGAAAUAAAAAGUUCGGGACUUCUUCUUUUCUGACAGCAUACUUUAUUUCACCAGCUCUGACAUAUUCACAACGACGUUCCUUUGAUCUCUGGGUCUUGCAAGAAUUCUUAGUCUAUUAGUUAUUCUGAAAUGUUUUUUCUGUUAUUAAAAAAAUACAAAUGUUUAUAUUUUUUGUUAUACAUUGCGAAUUGCGUUGUAUUUAGUUGAGCUCCAACAGUCCUCGGUAAACGUGGUUUACUCGUGAACUUUAUUGUAGAGCUAUAUUUAUUGUUCACUGUAAUUUGUAUUUGAAACGUAACAAAAGUUACGAUUAUAUCAUUUGUAAAUUAAGCCGAGGUAGAUAUAAUUAAUAUAUUUGAAAUAAAACAGUUCAACGUUUAAUAUGUAGUAUUCGAGCACGGAAAAGUACCACGUAGAAACGUAUAUUAAACGAAACUGAGGCUGUGAAGCCAAACCAAAACGGUUUCUUUGGGAUUCGGCAGAAUUUAAUGUAACUACUAGCAUAAAUUCGAUAUAAAGAGAAGUUUUUAUAUCAAAAUCGUUAGAUUCUGCAGUCCCGACGAGUCAGUUGCAUCAUGCGGCCAUGGUGACAAUAGGUUUAGUUCCCGCGGGCGGCGCCCCGCCCCGCGUCGCCCGACGACUGGCCUCGAUUUUAAACUUUGCUAAGUGUAGGUAUAAUGUUCUUCGCGACCCUGACCUAUGAAAUGUGUAAUUUUAGAUAUAAGGUAUGCGAAUUGAAAACUUGUACCGUAAGUAGUACUCCGAUCGACGUAGGGUAAGUUUGCUUGGUAACUUUAUUAACUUAUAUCUUUAUGUAAUCUUUAAUUGACUAGGACUAACGUCGUACGUAAGAUUGUAAAUGACUAAUGAACGAUAGUACACUUGUUCGGAGGGCGUUUGUCGUCUGUUCGGUCUCGGAGAUGUGUCUCCUAGAUCAACGCUCCUCGCGACGCCUACCAAUGGUAUAAAUGUACACAAACGAUUGUACAUUUCAUUGCAAUGGGUCUAAAGUAUGAAUAUAUUUGAUAACUUAGUAGUAACUGUUGCAACUCGUAAGUCUUGAGGUGUAUGCAGUGGCUCCUACUAAGUUUUUUUGCAUCUGUUCACUGAAUCUUAUCGUAGAAAACGUAGGAAAAACGCACUUAUAUUUAUUUAGUUAUCGUAAAAACGAUUUUAAAUCGAGGCCAAUAGUAGAAUUUCUUCAUGUCGGAUGUUGCACAAGUAACAACGCAUAAAGAAAUUAAUUUUUAUUAUUGGAUAGAUGCGCCAUAAUGGCAGUAAGAAGUGUUUUAUUUAUUUUGUUCUUAGUAACUAAUAUUUUAUAUUAUUAUAUGGGUUAAGCGAGCCCCAACAAACUUCGUGCUGUUAGCAUUGUAUAAGAAUAAAAAAAGUAAAGUAUCUAAA